AUGGCUGCUGCGCCACCUUUAUCCUGGGCGUCGCCGGCUGUCCUGCUGCUUCACCAGCCCUGCCGCCGCUCCGUAGCGCCGACAGCUAUAUCGGCCUUUGCGGGCUUCCUGCAGCACUGCGUAAACCUCGUCUUUGGCGUCGCCUUUGCGGCGUCAGGCGCCGCCUCAGAGUGCGCGUGGUACCUCACCAACUUUGUCAUCUCGGUCGUGUGUGGCGUGCUGCUGCUCAACCUCGCCAUGGCGGGCUACAACCGGUGCGUCGACCGGUUUGGCCUGCACCUCCUGCGAUCUGGAGAGUACGGCAAGCCGCCGAGCUGGAGGCCGUGGCUGAUGCAGAUGCUCGUGUGGGGCUUCUUGGCGUCGGCCGAGAAGAGAUUGGAUGCCGUCGCGCAGCUAAUAGAGGCGCCAGUCCACCACUACCCGAAGGCGGGGCUCUCUAGAUACUUCAUGCCCGCUUCCUCACCGCCGCCCUCGUGA